AUGACCCACCAAAGGCACGACGUGUUCUUGAGUUUCCGUGGAGAAGACACACGCCAUGGCCUUGCCAAGGAGCUCCACUCGGCCUUGCAGGAGGCCGGGAUUCCCACCUUCCGAGACGACGUCAACCUCGAGAGAGGAACACACGUCUCCUCCGAGUUGCUCAAAGCCAUUCAGAUGUCAAGAGUCGCCAUCAUUGUUUUCUCCAAAAACUAUGCCUCUUCCAGCUGGUGCUUGGACGAACUUGUGAAGAUCCUCGAAUGCCAACAAGUAGACGGACAGUUUGUUCUGCCUGUGUUUUUUGACGUCGAUCCCGAUGAUGUUGGCGGACAGACGGGAGACUUCGGGAAAGCUUUUGAAGAUCGUUUUCGAUCAGACACGAAGGUCGCGAGCAAGAUCGACAAAUGGAAGGCAGGGCUUGCUGAAGCUGCAAUGUUACCGGAUGGCUUCAGUUUGCAUGAUGGGGCCCAAUGGGAUAACUCCAUGUUCAUAAAGGAAAUAAUAAGUCAAAUUUCGUGUAGACGUCAAGAUGCUCACAUGUACCUCCAUCUUCAACCUACAAUGGAUUCUGGCAAAGAUUACCUGAACCACUUAUUAAGCAUCGCCGCAGAUGAUAUUCUCAUAAUAGGCAUAUAUGGAAUCGGUAACAUAGGGAAGACAAACCUUGCAAAAGCUGUAUAUAACCAAAAUUUGUAUAGUUUUGAUGGUAGCAGUUUCUUGGCCAAUGUGAACAAGGUUUCGGAACGUCCUAAUGGACUUCUCAAAUUGCAAGAACAGUUACUCUUUGACUUAUUGGAUGAAAGUAUAGAAAUAAAAGAUGUUAGUAUGGGAAUCAAUAUGAUCAAAACAAGACUACGGAGCAAAAGGGUUCUUGUUGUCCUCGACGAUGUCGAAAAGUUGGACCAGCUAAACGCGCUAGCCAGAAGGCGUGAGUGGUUUGGUUCAGGAAGUAGAAUUAUCAUAACAACGAGAGAUGCAAAUUUGUUGUGCACACUUGAAUCGGAUGAUAUAUAUGGGCCACAAGGGAUACAGAUUUUAAAGGACAAAUAUGGACAAAAUCUUGAAAUGAUUGAGGGUCUUGAAGAGUUUGUGCGGAAAAUGCAUUAUCAGGCUCAAAGAAAAGUGGGAUCGCUUAUGGCUGAACUAGAAAGGGAGCGGAAAAAGAAUGCGCUUCAGGGACAAAUUAUAGCCGAAAGCCGAGAUCUUGUUCUCCCUUCGGAUGAGCGGAAAAAGAAUGCGCUUCAGGAACACAUGCUAUUUUAA